AUGAAUUGUCCACAUCAUCCUUUGAAUGAAUUAUCAGUAAUAUGUAAAGCACCAUACAAUUGCAAAAGAGAUAUUGUCUAGAAUGUUCAUAUGAGGUGGAGGAGAGAUGAAUUCAUACCUUCCAAGGCUUAAAAAUAUUAACUUGAUGACGAUCGAAAAUAAGUAACACAAGAUGGAUAAUUUACAAUAAUACUUGCGAACGCAUAAAUUCACUUAAAGUAAUUUUUUAAGAGUUAAAUUAAUCCAUUGAAGGGAUUAAUGAUACAUUGA